AUGGCCGGCUCGCAGUUAAAGAGGCUCAAGGCCUCGCUUCGAGACCAAGGCAUCAUUGGCCCCCAGCAGUCAAAGAAGCAGAAGAAGCGCAAUGCCCUGGACGAACGAGCCAAGGGCGACAAGCGCCUCAGCCGCGCCACCAAGCUCGACGGCAUUCGCGAGCAGUUCAACCCCUUCGACCUGAAGCACAAUGUUCGCGGACCCAAGUUCGAAGUCACGAGCAACCGUCCCGCCGUCGGCAAUGCCGCCAAGGGCAUCUUUGGCCGCCCCAGCGAGGCCAGGGCCGUCGGCGAAGAGAAGCGUCGACAGACCCUCCUGCUCGAGAUGCAACGCCGGAACAAGGUCGGCGGCAUUCUGGAUCGCCGUUUCGGCGAGGACGAUGCCGACAUGACCCCCGAGGAGAAGGCUCUCCAACGGUUCGCCCUCGAAAAGCAACGGUCGCACAAGCGCGCCGCCUUCGACUUGGAAGAUGACGAUGGCGGGGAGGGCUUCGGACUCACCCACAUGGGCAAAUCGCUGUCGCUGGAUGGGCCUGGUAUUGUCGACGACUACGAGGCCGACGACAUGGAUGCCGGCUCUGACGACGACGACGAGGGGCGCAAGGCAUACUUGAAGAGGAAGCUGAUGACCGAGGGUGGGCCGGAAGAAGAAGACGAACAACCCGAGAGGAAGAAGACCAAGGCAGAGGUCAUGAAGGAAGUCAUCGCCAAGUCAAAGUUCUACAAGGCCGAGCGGCAAGCUGUCAAGGAAGAUGACGAGGACCUGCGCAUGGAGAUCGACCAAGAACUACCACAACUUCACCAGCUCCUGUUCAACACAGGCAAGUCCUCCACCGAGGCCCAGAAGACUGCCGAGAGGAUCAAGCUCGACAAGGAAUACGAUCUCCGCGUCAAGCAAUUGGCCGAGGAUCGAAGAGCUCAGCCCACAGACAGGACAAAGACGGAAGAGGAGCGGAUCGCUGAUGAAGCGGACAAGCUACGCGAGCUCGAGGAGAAGAGGCGGAGGAGAAUGGAAGGCGCACCCGAGAGCGAAAGUGAGGACGACGCUUCCGACAUGGAAGACGAGGAACCAGCCAACGGGCCGAUCCAGUUCAUCGAGAAAGAAGAGGAGGACACGUUUGGGCUUGGCAAGGGCCUCAAACUGCGGCCUACAGCUACGGAGUUGGGCUUCGAUGACGAAGACGACUUUUUAAUAGAAGAUAACCUAGUUGCGGAGGGCUCCGACAUAUCCCUCAGCGAACAGGAAUCUUCGGACGACGAUGCCUCUGCGGAUGGUGAAGACGAUGAUGAUGAGUUCACCAAGGGGCUACUGAACGAAGAGGAAGCGAACAACCCGGCUUUCACCCUAAAACCUGACGGCGUCGCUGAUCGUGCGAGUACGAAGGAAGAUGCAGAUGGCCUGCCCUACGUCUUCUCCUGUCCACAGACACAUGAAGACUUCCUAAGCAUGACAAAGUCUGUUCCAGUCGAGAAGCUGCCUGUCGUGGUUCAGCGCAUUCGUGCUCUUCACCACUCCAAAUUAGACAGCGGUAACAAAGCCAAGCUGGGAGCUUUCGCCAGAAUACUUGUUCAGCACUUGUCAUAUAUGGCGCUCCAGAAGCGGCCUUCGUUCGAGACGAUCGAGAGCCUCAUGCGACACGUACAUUCGCUUGCCAAGACAUAUGCUGUCGAGAUUGGUACUGAGCUGAGGUCACAUCUCGAGGACAUGGCAAAGCGGCCUCUCGAUCUGAGCGUUGGAGACCUCAUCAUCCUAACCACCAUUGGAACCAUCUUCCCUACAUCUGAUCACUUCCACCAAGUCGUCACGCCAGCAUUGUUGACAAUAUGUCGCUAUCUUGGUAUGAAGAUUCCUCGCCAGUUGUCCGAUUACACUACCGGCUCCUACCUAUCCAUUCUGGCGGCGCAAUAUCAGACAGUAUCAAAGAGAUAUGUCCCAGAGCUGGUCAACUUCAGUCUCAACACUCUGGCUGCCCUGGCACCAGUCCAGUCAAAGGACAAGCUCGGCUUUUUCCCAGUACACGAGCCAGUAGAAGGAACACGCAUUCAGAAGGCUGGCAAUGUGGCCGUGCGGAAGCUGAAAACCUCUGAUUGCAUCGAGUCUUCAAAGGAGGACGGACAGUUGGACGCCAAGAUCGCACUUGUAGACACCACGGUCAAGCUAUUAGACUCUGCCGCCAAUGUCUGGACAGGCAAGGCCUCGUUCUUCGAGACCUUCCAACAAGCCGCAAACGUACUAGAGCAUCUCGCCAGCAAGCCCUGCCGGUCUCAGUUCCCCAAGGGCUUGAACAGCCAGAUCGCCAAGACCAAGACGAAGCUCGACGGCCUCCUGCAGCUGGCGCGCAUGGAGCGCCGGACCCUGGAGCUGCACCACCACCGGCCGCUGGCCAUCAAGAGCAACAUCCCCAAGUUUGAGGACCAGUUCGACCCGGACAAGCACUACGACCCGGACCGGGAGCGGGCCGAGCUCAACAAGCUCAAGGCCGAGCACAAGCGCGAGCGCAAGGGCGCCAUGCGCGAGUUGCGCAAGGACGCCAGCUUCACCGCCCGCGAGAAGCUGCGCAUCAAGAAGGCCAAGGACGCCGCCUACGAGAAGAAGUACAAGCGCCUCGUCGCCGAGAUCCAGGGCGAGGAGGGCCGCGAGGCCAACAUCUACGAGCGCGAGAAGGCACAGCGCAAGCGCGCCGCCAAGCGCGGUUAG